GGUAAUCUGCUAGACGAGACGGAAGUGCUCGAUUGGAUGGUGAAGCAGAAGACAGACGAAAGUAUCGAAGAAAUCGAUCGUGACACCCUGACCAAAUAUAUCGAGACGAAAGAAUUCCUGGCUGUUAUUUUCUACAAGGAGGAGGAUCCAGAGAGUCCUAGAGUACUUAGGCACGUCGAGUUGAUCGACGAUGAAGCUGCUGAGUACGGUAUAAAGAUCGUGAGGAUGAAGGAUAGAUUGAUGGCGAAGAAAUAUGGCUACCGGAACCCGCCCGGUAUCACGUACUUCCGCAAGGGCAAGAAUAUUAAUUACGAUGGGGAUAUCGACGACGAGGAGGAAAUUCUCGAUUGGCUGACCAAUCCGGAGAACAUGGAGCUAACCGAUCACAUCGAGAGAAUCAAUAAGAAGAUGUUUCAGAAGAUACGACAGACCACUGAUUACUUGGCGGUGUUCUUCUAUAAACUAAACUGCCAUAUAUGCGACGAAAUUUUGGAAGGAUUGGAGAAGAUCGACGACGAAUGCGACGUGUUCGGUAUUCAUUUGGUGAAAAUUCAGGAUCCCCAACUAGCCAAACGAUAUUCUAUCAAAACCUUCCCAGCCUUAGUUUACUUCAGAAAUGGCAAUCCUCUUUUGUUCGAAGACGACGAAGACUGCCCCGAGUGUGACGAAAUUAUGGAAGCUUUGGAGAAAAUCGACGGCGAAGCAGAUCUAUUCGGUAUCGACUUCGUGAAGGUACUCAGCACAGAGGCUGCAGAGAAAUUUGCAAUUCUGAACGUUCCGUCGCUCGUUUAUUUCCGCAAAAAGACACCGUUGAUCUAUGACGGCGAUCUGACUCAAGAAGACAAGAUUCUCCAAUGGCUAACGUCUCAAGACGUCUUCGAAAUUAAAAAUGAAAUCGAAGAAGUUAACAAAAAGAUGCUAGACAAAUUGUUGGACGAGAACGAGUUCCUUGCUGUAUUUUUCUAUGAACACGACAAUAAAGAAUGUGAAGAGGUAAGCGAAAAGUUGGAAAACAUUGACGGAGAAACGGAUAAUUUGGACAUUACGUUCGUCAAGAUGGCUGAUCCAAGAUACGCGAGGAAGUGGGGUGUCACCAAGCUUCCUGCCAUCGUUUAUUUUCGCAAGAGAUUUCCCAGUAUCUAUCGAGGUAAUCUACACAACGAACAAGACGUGUUGGAAUGGCUGCGCAAGAACAGGUACCGUCAACCAGAGCUGAACAUCUACAUGUACAUGCUGAUUGCCAUUACCGUCUUGUUCGCCAUGUAUACCGGCUUCCUGUUAUCCUGUUUCCGCUCGGAACCAGCGACUCCCGCGUCGCAUCCGAAGCAAGCGUGAUAGAAAGAAAGAAGGAAAAGAGAGAAAGAGAGUAAGAGAGAAAGGGAGAGAAAGAAAGAAAGGAACGAAAGAGUAGAGACUUAUUGAUCGUUGUUGCGCGAAUGUGCGUUUUAUUGUUGUUGAUCCGACUCGCUUUAACGUAAGAUUGAAUGACGGCCGUUCGUCCGGAACGAACGACUUGCACCAAGGCUCGACGAUUCUACGGAGGACGACGAAACCUGUCUAUAUGUAUUUUUCUCUUCGCUUAGACGAUGAAC